AAGCACUUGAUUUUAAUUUUAUUUUAUUUUUGUUAUUUUCGAAACUUAGUAGGAGAGUUUCUAAUUUCUAUGUCUUCACUCUCCCAAAAAUGUUGGUAACGCACGCGCCACCCCGCUGGAUAAAACCUCUUGUAUUGGACGGCAUUCUUUCUUCGUUAUCUCCACGCAUUGUGUCUCACCGGCUAACUCAGGCCAUCAAACUUCUCAACUCCCACUAUCGCCGGAGCUCGUGCCGUACAGUUGCUAUGGCAACACCCAAAGUCGAUUCAUCGGGCGAGUCAUUGUCGGAACACGCCACCGGGAAGUGGUACUCAGUACAAGAUCUUCGUCUCCGAGAUCACCGUUUCACUGUUCCUCUGAAUUACAGAGACCCCGCUACUUCCUUAAAGAUCUCCAUUUUCGCUCGGGAAGUCGUUGCUGUUGGUAAAGAAGAUCAAGCAAUGCCAUACCUCCUGUUUCUGCAAGGUGGACCGGGUUUUGAAUCCCCAAGACCAACCGAAGGCAGUGGAUGGAUACUUAAAGCUUGUGAGGAGUUUCGUAGAGGAACAGGAUUAUCAACUCCGCUAACAACAUCGUCUAUGCUGCAAUUUAAGUCUGCCCGCGAUUUGGCUGAUUACUUGAAACAUUUUCGUGCUGACAGUAUAGUCAAUGAUGCUGAGUUUAUCCGUGUUCGUCUUGUUCCUGGUACUUGGACAGUUUUGGGCCAGGUUGCUCGUCAGAAUGAAAAGUACUACAAGAGGUAUCCUCAGGAUAUUGAAGUUGUUCGUGAAGUUGUAAAUUAUUUGGCAGAAUCUGAAGGGGGUGGGGUUCCUCUUCCAUCUGGGGGCAUCUUGACCCCAAGGGGGCUGCAACUUCUCGGUCUUUCUGGUUUGGGAUCUAGUGCAGGUUUUGAACGCCUUCAUUAUCUGUUUGAGAGGGUCUGGGAUCCUGUAAUAGUCCCAGGAGCACCGAAGAAGAUUAGUUUCUACUUCUUGAAUGCUUUUGACAAUUGGUUGGGUUUUGAUUCAAACCCACUCUAUGCUCUUAUCUACGAGUCAAUUUACUGUCAGGGUGCUUCAUCUCGGUGGUCUGCUCAACGACUGAGGGCUAAAUAUGAGAACAAAUUUGAUGCAAUGAAGGCUGCAGGUGGAGGACCCUGUACUUUUUACAGGGGAGAUCAGAGAAAGCCAACUAGCCUUGAGGCAAAUAUAUUUGGAUUUCCUUUCACCCUCCAUUGUUCAAAAAUAAAAUAUUGUUCUUCUGCAACAAAGAGUAUGAAACCAAAAUUUCAGUAUAUGAUGUUCCCAUGGAUGUUUGAUGAAAUUCAUGCUUUGAAGCAUUUUAAAGAUGCUGCUCAUUUAUUGGCCGAGAAGGAAGAUUGGCCUGCAUUAUAUGACAAAGCGGCAUUAAACAAUAACAAGGUACCCGUGGCAGCUGCAAUUUAUUUCGAGGAUAUGUAUGUUAAUUUCAACCUGGUCAUGCAAACAGUUAGUGAGAUAGCUGGAAUUAGGACAUGGAUAACCAAUGAAUACAUGCAUUCUGGGCUGCGUGAUGCUGGAGGACAGGUUUUCGAUCACUUGAUGGGUAUGCUAAGUGGAAAAAGGCCAUUGUUCUGAUUUCCACUGGAAGAAACCUUUGUCUUGUCAUUUUUUAAGUCUAAUUUCUUGGUACUAAUUUUCCUGAGCUUUUCUUUGAAAAAGCAAAAACAUUGUCCCGGCAACUCUCAUGAUGGAUUUAAAUUUUACAAUUAGUGCUUUUGCAACGAAUAAGUUUCAUAAUUUUUU